GCUUAAACAGAGACGAGGACCAUUCCCCACUUUCACUUACCACAUCCAAUACUGAAUUGAAACAAUGUCUGCGCAAACGGCUACUCCCGAAGUCCUCUGGGCACAAAGAUCAAGUGCGGACGAUGAGUCCAAGAACGUCGUUUACCUCACCAUCAACACCCCCGACGUAAAAUCCCCCUCGAUCAACCUCACCUCCACCUCCCUCUCCUUCACCGGUUCCUCCUCCACCUCGGACAAAUCCUACGCCCUCAACAUUGAGUUCUUUGCCGAGAUCGACCCCGAGGCUUCCGUCACCCACGUCUCCACCAGAAACAUUCAGUUCAUUCUCCGUAAGAAGGAGAAGAACGAGGAAUACUGGCCCAGACUCUUCAAGGAGAAGAAGAAGGAACAUUGGCUCAAGACUGAUUUCGAUAAGUGGGUUGAUGAGGACGAGCAGGAUCCCGAGGAGGAGAACCCCAUGGCCGGGAUUAACCCGAUGGCGAACAUGGGUAUGCCCGGGAUGGAUUUCAAUAAUCUGGAUUUGUCGAAGCUCGGGGGGAUGGGCGGAUUGGGAGGCAUGGGUGGAGGAAUGGAUUUCGGGGGCGAUGAGAGUGAUGAGGAGGAGGAGAUGCCGGCGUUGGAGGAGGAGAAGAAGUAAAGAGGGAUGUAAGAGUAUCAAGAUAGGGCGG